AUGGCCCUCUCCAUGCGCACAAGUGGGGCGUCCCGGCAGUCCUCUCCUCGGAGCGGCUUCGGCGCCGGAUCCAUGAGGAUGUCUAGCGCCAGCAGCGGAGGCGGCUUUGGGGGAAGCGGCUUUGGCUUCGGCGCUGCGUUCGGAAGUGGUUUUGCUGGUGGUGCAGGGUUUGGCGCAGGGGGUGGUGGUGGGGAUGGGGGCCUCCUUUCCGGCUCCAAGAAAGAAACGAUGCAGAACCUCAACGACCGCCUGGCCGCCUACCUGGACAAGGUGCGAGCCCUGGAGGAGGCCAACACCGACCUGGAGCGCAAGAUACGGGAGUGGUACGAGAAAAACGGCCCUGGUGCCGGUAUCGCUGGGUCGGGGAACGACUACAGUAAAUAUUAUCCGGUGAUCGAAGAUCUCCGCAGCAAGAUCAUAAACGCGACUAUUGACAAUGCAAGAAUUAUUCUGCAAGUUGAUAAUGCCAGACUGGCCGCUGAUGAUUUCAGACUGAAAUACGAGAAUGAACUGGCUCUUCGCCAGAGCGUGGAGGCCGACAUCAACGGCCUGCGCAGAGUCCUGGAUGAACUGAGCUUGACAAGGGCUGACUUGGAGAUGCAGAUUGAAAACCUCACUGAAGAACUGGCUUAUCUCAAGAAGAAUCAUGAGGAGGAGCUUCAGGGUUUCCGGGGCAGCGCGGCUGGCCAAGUGAGCGUGGAAAUGGAUGCGGCUCCAGGAAUCGACCUCACCAAGCUCCUGAAUGACAUGAGAGGGCAGUACGAAGUCAUCGCCGAGCAAAACCGUAAAGAGGCUGAAGCCUGGUUCAAUGAAAAAAGUGGGGAGCUGAAAAGGGAAAUCACCACCAAUACUGAGCAGCUUCAGUCAGGUUUAAUCACAGAUCUAAAACGGACUCUUCAGAGCUUGGAAAUUGAGCUACAGUCUCAGCUUGCCAUGAAAAAAUCCCUUGAAGACACUUUGGCAGAAACAGAGAGCGGUUACUGUGCUCAGCUUUCCCAAAUGCAACUGCAGAUUGGGAAUCUGGAGUCUCAGCUGUUCCAGGUCAGGGCCGAUAUGGAGCGGCAGAACGCGGAGUAUCAGCAGCUUCUAGACAUCAAGUCUCGUCUGGAAAUGGAGAUCGAGACUUACCGCCGCUUGCUGGAUGGCGAGUUUGUGAGCGCAGGACAGGGAGUUACAUUUGAAAGUUCAUCUUUGACGGGGUCCAAAUCACAAACACAAUCACUGGAUUCUUCUCAGGAUCCUACAAAAACUAGAAAGAUCAAAACAAUUGUUGAGGAGGUAGUAGAUGGAAAAGUUGUUGCAUCCCACGUUAAGGAAGUUGAAGAGAAGAUAUGA